UUUCCAAUUUCAUUCAUUCAUUGACUCUCUUUCUCUCUCUAACGUAGUUCCAUUGAACCUUCUACCAUUCUGGUUGUGGAGCCCAUAGCUGGACCUGUGCUUUGCUGGCUUCAAGCUCUCAAUCGUUGGUCUUUUUAUGGUGUUUGUCUGCUGCUGAGUUCACAACAAAAGGGUUUCAAUUUGCUCCAAACUUUUCAUUUUUCAUCUUCAUCAAUUUCAUCAUCAUCUUCUGCAUCAUACAUACCAAACCAAGUUGAGGAACAGCCAAAGCCAAAAAAAGUAAAAAAGAUCAUUAUCCUCUUCAUCUGGAGCAUCCCUAUCAGUUGUCUAAUUGUUGACUUGUGGUGACCGGUGAAGAGUGCAGAACUGUAUCUGUAGUGAAUUAAAAUCCUGCGAGGGGUGUUGUUUCUGUGGUAGUUGAUAGAUGUGGAAAUCCUUGGUGGCUUUUUGUUGAAAUGAGGGAUGUUAUCACAGUUAAUGAACCUAUUGAGGGCGUGCUUUCGGCCAGGUUUGGAUGGAAGAUAUGCACGCUCAGGAUCAGAUGCUGGAGGUAAACAGGAUGGACUAUUGUGGUACAAGGACUCGGGGCAGCACUUGAAUGGCGAAUUUUCAAUGGCUGUUGUUCAAGCCAAUAACUUGCUGGAGGAUCAGAGCCAGAUUGAAUCAGGCAGUUUGUGCUCCCAUGAGUCCGGCCCGUGUGGAACUUUUGUCGGUGUCUAUGACGGGCAUGGAGGGCCGGAGACAUCGCGGUUUAUCAAUAAUCACCUAUUUCAACAUCUCAAGAGAUUUACUUCAGAGCAACAAUCAAUGUCAGUGGAUGUUAUUCGCAAGGCAUUCCAAGCAACUGAAGAUGGGUUUAUGUCAGUGGUUGCUAAACAGUGGCCAUUGGCACCACAAAUUGCAGCUGUAGGGUCAUGCUGUCUUGUUGGUGUUAUUUGUAAUGGAACUCUUUUUAUAGCAAAUGCUGGAGAUUCCAGGGCUGUUUUGGGAAGAGUUGUCAAGGCAACCGGUGAGGUUUUGGCCACACAAUUAUCGACAGAGCACAAUGCAUCAAUAGAGUCUGUAAGACAGGAACUGCAUUCUUUGCACCCUGACGAUUCAAAUAUCGUUGUUCUAAAGCAUAAUGUAUGGCGUGUGAAGGGCAUUAUUCAAAUUUCUAGAUCUAUUGGUGAUGUGUAUUUGAAAAAGGCUGAGUUCAACAGAGAACCAUUAUAUGCUAAGUUUCGUCUUCGUGAGCCGUUUAAGAGGCCAAUUCUGAGCUCAGAACCAUCAAUUACAGUGCAUCAGUUGCAGCCACAUGACCAAUUUAUUAUAUUCGCGUCUGAUGGGCUCUGGGAGCACCUUAGCAAUCAAGAAGCAGUUGAUAUAGUUCAAAACAGUCCCCGUAGUGGAAGUGCAAGGAGGCUGGUGAAAACUGCACUUCAAGAGGCAGCAAAGAAGAGAGAAAUGAGAUAUUCCGAUUUAAGGAGAAUUGACAGGGGAGUUCGUCGUCAUUUCCAUGAUGAUAUCACUGUGAUUGUUGUGUAUCUUGAUUCAAAUCUCAUGAGUAGGGCAAGCACUGUGAAGUUCCCUAGUGUUUCUAUUAGAGGUGGUGGUAUUAGCCUGCCUCAUAACACACUUGCACCUAUUGGUGGUACCUGAUCAUCUAAGUUGUAUCUUAACUUUUUUUCCUUUUUUUGUGUCAUUUUCAUGUGUGAAUAUCAGUUUAUCUUCAAAUAGCAAUGAGAGAAACAGCACUUCAAUUCUUUUGAA